AUGCCCCAGCACCCAGAUCUGGGAGCUGCUCCUGCCACUGAGGAGAGUGCAUUUGGGCUGGUGAAGGUGGAGCAUUCCUCACAGUUGGCGGCAGGCUUUGACAAGGCAACGAGGACCAUUUGUUUAAUUUCUAAUGAAGGGGAGAAGGGCACCCGAACUGUCAGUGAUCCAGCUCUGCUGCCUCUCCUGGAUUCGUCUUCCAACUAUAUCAGGCAACUUGAAACAAAAGUGAAGCUGCUGGAGGAUGACAACAAGCUUCUUUCCCAGCAGUCCAGCACAGGGGACUUGAGGACUCUGAGGAAAGGGUUGUCCCCGUACCACUCUGAGUCACAGCUCUCGUCACUGCCACAGUAUCAAGAUGCCCUGCAGAAUGGACCAACUCGCAUGACAUCUGAUCUUGCAUCUUCUCCUGCAGCAGGAUAUGUCCCUGUUGGUCAGAAACCAGAGGCUGUUGUGCAUGCUAUGAAGGUCCUUGAGGUCCAUGAAAAUUUGGACAGGCAAAUGCAAGACAACUAUGAAGAAGACCUGAGUGAAAAGGAGAAGGCGAUCGUUCGUGAAAUGUGCAAUGUUGUCUGGCGAAAGCUGGGUGAUGCUGCGAGCUCCAAACCCUCCAUCAGGCAACAUCUUUCAGGAAACCAGUUCAAGGGUCCCUUGUAG